UUUUAAUCGAAGAUGGCGGAUAAACAUGAACCUGAGGAUUCGUAUAGCAAAAAUCAAUCGGAGCUUACGUAUACUUUUGAAAAUGGCCAGUUAUCCUGUUUAGACUGUGAUGUGUCAUCUAUACCAAAAGAGCUUAUUGAAGAUUACUGCAACAUUACUUCAAGACUUGACUUGAGUUUUAACUUAUUGGAGUCACUGCAGGGCUUAGAACAUUUUAAAUUUCUGAAAGAGCUUGUGUUGGAUAACAACACAUUGGAUAACAGUGUAGAUUUUCCAGUCCUUAAGGAACUACAGACACUAACACUUAACAAGAACAAAUUUUCAGAUUUGACAGAUUUAUUGGAUAAACUGGUGGCUAGCUUUCCCAACCUCACUUACUUGAGUCUUCUGGGUAAUGAGGCAUGCCCCGAUCAGCUAUCUUCUUCCGAAAAAGAUGAUGAAGACUACCAGCGGUACAGAUAUUAUGUGCUUUAUCGUCUGCCGAAACUGAAAUUUCUUGACUCAACUCCAGUGACAUCUUCAGAAGUCUCUGAGGCUAGGAGAGUAGGUCCUUAUCAACAGGUUGUGAGACCUAAAGCAAUAUUGGAGAGCUCGGAAUCCUCCACGUCAGGUUCUCCGACAAAUGUGUACUCACCUUUACCCUCUGAGACACAAGAUAUGGAGACAGCUGACCAUAAAGGCACAUUUGGGAAAAGUAAAUAUGUUUAUUAUGGCCGCCAUUCUGAAGGCAACAGAUUCAUUAGAAACAAAGAUUUGUGAGAUAUCAAGUUUGAACUACUUCCGACUGUGACAUACUGUUCCCGUACCAUGUUUAUUUAUUAGUUGAAAUGUUGAAGAGAAGGAUAUCAAAGUUGGUAUAUGUAAACAUGAGCAUGCAAUAAAUGUUGGUAAGAAUGUCUAAUAGUGGUCCAUUUGGGUGAUGCAUCAGACUGUUGUACGUAAAUGCGUUUUUUUUUUGUUUUUUUUUUUUUACAGCUAGUAACUUCUACACAUCCAUUGAAUCUUUGAUUCUCUCCCUUUGAAAGAUAUUUUUACAAGUUUUCUCAUCAUUUGUGUGUCUCUCAAAUGUGUUGAUGUCUUCCAGUUCAUCAUUGUGUGUGUGUCACAUAUUGUAAAUUUAUAUGGAAGUCUCUCAAUGAUUCCAGUUUGUCAUUGUGUAGGUGUGUGUGUCAUGUAUUGUAAACGUAUAUGGAAGUCUCUCAAAUGUGCUGAUGUCUUCCUAAUGAUCUGAAUGAUAAGUUCAUCGUUGUGUGUGUGUGUGUGUGCCUUGUAUUGUAAACUUAAAUGGAAGUCUCUCAAACUUAAAGAUCUGAAAGAUAAAUUUGUAAAUUCUCUCAUCUAGUGAACAAAAGAAAAUAGAUUGUAAGGCUGACAGCUCAGGUUCAGUACCAGAUACUGAUCACAUGAAAUAAGAACAAAAGACUCCCAUAAUAUUGUCUUGUCUUGCUACUCAAAGCAAAAUGUAUUUUUUGUUUCAAUUUACAUUGAAUGAUGUUGCACUGUACAUUCUAAAUAAUCUUUUCAUGAGUCUAUAAAUAUUUUGUAUUAACAUUUCAUUUAUCUGGAUCUCCUCUUUCAUAAAUUAAAAUUGUCCCAACUUUGAGAUCUGUUUUAAAACGUUGUACAUUUUUAUCUGUGAGUUUCUUUUUAAAUAUAUUUAUAGAAUAACAAUCUUACAAGAUAUGUUUUCUUAAAUUUCAUUUCCAGCUCGUCCAACUCUACCUUGAGCUUGUUGUACUGUUGUUUUCAAUCUUAUCCCACUUUUAUCUUUUUUUAAAUCCCAAUUUUUUAGUUGUCACUUGUGAAUUUUGUCCCUUCCUGAACCCAACAUGCCAUUUUCUUUCCUUCUUUUUUUUUUAAACAACCUUAGCAUUUACAGUAAAAUAUUUUUUUUAAUGCAACGCUAUUUUAAAAUGUGUGAGUGUACAUUGUAUCCUUGAGAUAACUGAUGUCUGUUUGGUAAAACAACUGUCUAGAUUUGUUCUGUUUAUCACAUUUAGUUUCCCCAGAGAGUUCCACCAAUGUUAAAAGAUUUUAUUCAUUGAUUAUCUUGUCUCUUGCUCUUUUAAAGAUUUACAUAGCCAUUUUGUGUUAGAAAUAGAUUUUUUUUUUCUCAUAUUAUGUGAUGAUGGUCUACUGUCAGCAAAGCAUGACUGUUCUUUUUUUUUUUUUUUUGUUAGCUUGAGCUAUGAAAUAUCUCUUUAGUAUCUCACUAUAUGUUAUUCUAUAACUGGGUUUGCAUGGUCAUGUAAAAUACUGCACAUUCUUAAUCUUCAGAAUGGAAGGCAAUGCCUCAUAAUUAUUAUUAUGACAUUUUCAUUUCAUUAACUUGAAUAUAUAUUUUUUUACAUUGCUCAGUAGAGAGAGGGAGAGCUAGAGUGGAUGAAAUGUAAAGUGGAUUUCAUUUUUACUUUUGUUUUCUUUCACCAUCAGUUCUAGAAAACAAGUAAUGGCUAAAUUUGUUUGAUUAUAAUGUAUGCACCACACAAUCACCUAGGUAUUAAUGCACCACACAAUCACCUAGGUAUUAAUGCACCACACAAUCAAAAAAAAUUAUUUUAGUACCCUUCUGUGUACCAUCAUCAUAGUGUAAAAAAAAUGGUUUUCACAUAAUAAAUGCAGUUUAUAUUUAAUAAUGAUGAACUAAUCUUACAUAAGCCAGUAUCUGUACAGAAGUAGACCAAGUAACUCAGAUAGCUCUAAAUAAAAUGUAAUGAGCUAACAUUGAUGAGCUCUGUUCUAGUCUAUUUGAUGAAAACAAGGAUGUUUCUAGUCAUGAUUAACUAUUCUCUGACCCAAUCUAUUCCAGGUUACUGGGGUAAGAACAGAUCCAGGUAUCUUGGCAGAAACUCUGAGGGCAAUAGGUUUAUAACUGAUGGAAUACUCUGAUACUUACACUAUUGACAGAGAUAAUUUCUGGUCCGACUGACUUGAUAUUCUGGUGUUUAAAUACUUUAAAUUCUAGGUAUAUUCACCAUUGUGUGAGGUGAACUCAUAAACAUUGAAAUGUCUGGAUUUUUAAAAAUUGCUCUUGAUGUUAUGUUAUUUGAUGUAAAUGUUAAUGACUUUAUUGUUGUAAAGUAAUAAUCAUUCUAUUUGUACAGUCUGUUGUUGUUUUAUAGUGACCAUCAGCGAGGUCUUUUAUUGAAUGUUCAAUGACUUGUCCACAAGUAUCAAUCAAUCUGUGAGGUGGACAUUUGGUAGAGAAAACUAAAAUUGUUGCUCAUUAGGGUUGUCAUUGGAUUGUUGGUAGAUGACCUAUCUCUUUGACUGGUCUCAAAAAGCUCUUUAAUUCAUUUACUCUGAAAUAAAAACUGAAGAAAAAACUAUUAGAAUCAGAGGAAAAUAAAUAUCUGACUGAUCUGUGCAUCUUGAGAAGUCUUUGAGGUUGGAACAUUUAUUGUGAAGGCUUAGGGAAAUGCCAAAUAUAUUAAGUUUUCUUUAAAAAACAACAUUAUUUGUAUGAUUUCAAUGUUACCAGAAAUAGUAUCCUCUGUUAUGUACUUUGGGACUUAAGGUCUACAAUACAUCUGAUUUCAUCUAUGUAAUAAUGUAUUACCUUGAACUUAACACACUAUCUUAAACACUUGGAGCAGGUUCUAGAUAUUUCAAUACCAAAUACUGCAGUAUUUUUUUCUUCUUCUUCCUAAUGUCAUAGUUGCACAGGCUCAACAAGUUUUUUCACAAUUUUAGAAUCACUUCUAUCUGAUUGUAAUCUGCCAUAUUGAUAGGUCGUAUGUACUUAUGGUUUACACUUUUAUACUAAUCUCAACAAUGAUUAUUAAUUCAUUCAAUGGACAAUGUACUUUGAGUUGAGAAUUUGCAGAUUAUUUCUUUGCAGAGCUAAUUAAGGAACAAACACUUGAGUAUUUCUUCCCUAUCCCCAGCUUGAUACUGUUUGACAUGUACUUGUUAUGAUUUUUCUUGGUCAUUCUACUUGCUCAGUUCUUGCUGCACGGCAAAGAUGCUUUAUGUUUCAAGGUUUCCAGCUGCGGAUGUCAAAAUAGGGGUUCAAAGUUAGGGUGUUCUAAAUCAAUUUUUGAUGACAGAGAAAUGUAUUUGAUUGUUAUGAUUUUAAAACUUGUUUUGUGUCCCUUUUUCUCUCACUUAACAGUAUUACUAGGAGGUGAGGUGGCUGUGUUUUUAAACGCUUGGCUUCCUGGGUUCAAAUCUUGGUGAAAGCUGGGAUUUUGAACUUCAGGAUUUUUAGGGCACCCUUGAGUCCACUAACUCUAAUGAGUGCCUGACUUAUUUGGGGAAAGUAAAGGCAGUUGGUUGUUGUGCUGGCCACAUGGCACCCUGCUCGUCCUUAACAUCUUCUGCCCUAUAGAUCACAAGAUCUGAAAGGGGAGUGAAAUAACAUUAUUACUAGGUAAUUCUUUUUUAAUGGUUGGUGUAGAUCAGCUUGCUUACUUAUGUAAAUAGUUAUAAACUAAAACUAUUUGAAACAUACCCGGUACUUUGAAUGUUUAUAGAAAAAAAAAUUAAAUAGUGUGACAAUUAUUCACUUGAUGUUUAUGUCAUUUGAAGUCUUUCUCUAUAAGUUAUACUAGUGUGUGUGUUCUGGUCAUGUUGCUCUAUAUACACAUAUUUAUAAAUUAAACAUAUGAAUUCUCUUUAACUGUAAUACUGUUGUCUUCUAUUUAUUGGAGGCACGACAUGGCCUAAAUUGUGCCGAUGUGCCUAAAAUCAAAUCAAAUCUAUUUAUUGAGAGAUUAAAGGUGAGAAUUAAUGUUUAGCUGUACAUGUUACAGUCAUAGGUUGAGUUUGCAUACUUUUAACAUUUCAAUGGAAAAAUUGCGAGUUGUUAAAAAUAAUUUUUUUUUGUAAUGUAAGUAUUAACUGUAGGAAAAAGUGACCACUGUAUGGUCAAAUUGAUUGUGAAGAACAUUAUAAAAUAUAUACUGACUACUUUGUAUUCAUUUUAAUAUGCUAUUUAAAAUGUGUGUCUAUCAUUCAUAAAUGUAUUUAUUUGGUACAUAAAAUGAUUGAUGCUUGAAAUUUAGUUGUUGGUUUCUUUUUAACACAGUUAAACCUAAGCUUAAAUCUGAAUCUUAUUUUCUUAGAGACCAUUGAAUAUUUUAAAUUGAUUGUUGUAGGCACUGCAAAACUUGUUGCUUCAAUCUUUAACUGUACAUAUACUUUUUGUUACUGAUCAAAUUAUCACCAUGAGAUUAUGGGGAUAAUGCAAUGACACGUUUCUAAUGGGUUGUUGUCCUUGAUUUUGUAUGCUUUUAUAUUGUUUCUCUUCAUUAACAGAAUAAAACAUUGAUAUUAUUUUC